AUGAAGCUCCAAUCGCCGCUGCUCUCGUCAGCCUCGGCCCCCGGAGAGGGGCGCGAAGGGCCGCAGCGUCACCCCGGGCCGCGCUCGCGCCUCGGCAGCCUCCGCAGCUGCCCCGAGCCGGGCCCGGCCUCACGGUCCUUCAUCCCCGCGCUCGUGCCCGCGCGCCCCCGUGCGCCUCCGCAGACUGCGCUGGGCUCGCGCGCCCAAGCCUGGCGCUCCCCGUCCGCGCCGCUGCCGCCGGCUCCGCGGUUAACCCGCUCCUGCUCGCACGGCUGCCGGCGGCGGACGGUCACCACGGCUCCCGGAGACGCUUUAACCUUCUCUUCUAAAAGAAAUGGUUCUCAUCGUUUGAAAUGUAAAGCUUCUCAAGAAAGCCUUAGAGUCACAGCAAGAAGACUCCAUGGUGCUGGAGGUAACAUCCAGAUGCACGAGAUUGAGCCAGAUGCACCAGAUGCUGUGAGGACUUCAAGCCAGAGAGUGUGGACUCAUCUAUCAAGGAAGAAAAUUUAUAAGUGGCCAUCCAGGAAUCAUUUGCUGUUUCAAAUAGAGAACUGUGCGAUGAUGAGAAAGAGUUCAUACAUUUUCCAGUAUGUGAGGGGACCUCUCAACCUGAACCCUCAUGUUCAGCUGUCAGAAUAACAGCCAGUAAAAACUACAGGAGCAAAACCUCUCAGGAAGGUGCUUUUAAAAAGAUGCAUGAGGAAGAACACCAUCAACAAUGUCCAUCUUACAACUGCAACUGAUACAAAUGAAUGAGGGGAGGAUACAGCAAGAAGGUGGCUGUCUGUAAACAGAAAGUGGGCCCUCACCAGACACUGAAUAUGCCAGUACUUGGAUCUUGAACUUCCCAGCCUCCAGAAUUGUGAGAAAUAAAUGUUUCUUGUUUAAGGCA